GAAGUAAACAUCACGUGAUUCCGCACAUCAGCUGAUCCUCCGUCUUUACGAGUCACGACUGCAGCGAUUAAUUCAUCCCAUUUCCUCUUCGAUUUCACGGCCCGAGCGGACCUCUGACAGCUCCCACCAUGGCGCUCAGCGAUGCAGACGUACAGAAGCAGAUCAAACACAUGAUGGCCUUCAUCGAGCAGGAGGCCAAUGAGAAGGCGGAGGAGAUCGAUGCGAAGGCAGAAGAGGAGUUCAACAUCGAGAAAGGUCGCCUGGUGCAAACCCAGAGGCUGAAGAUAAUGGAGUACUACGAGAAGAAAGAGAAGCAGAUCGAGCAGCAGAAGAAAAUUCAGAUGUCAAACCUGAUGAACCAGGCUCGACUGAAGGUGCUGAAAGCCCGUGACGAUAUGAUCUCGGAAAUGCUGAAUGAAGCUCGCCAGCGGCUCGCUAACGUGGCCAAGGACCCGGCCAGGUACCCGACCCUGCUGGACGGACUCAUCCUGCAGGGUUUCUAUCAGCUGCUGGAGCCCAAACUGACUGUUCGCUGCCGUAAACAGGACCUCCAGGUGGUUCAGGCGUCCAUCCAGAAGAACAUCCCCAUUUAUAAAGCAGCUGUAAAAACCAACCUGGAGGUCCGCAUCGACCAGGACAACUUCCUCCCCCCGGACGUGUCUGGAGGAGUGGAGAUCUACAACAGCAGCGGGAAGAUCAAGGUGUCCAACACCCUGGAGAGCAGACUGGACCUGAUGGCUCAGCAGAUGAUGCCUGAAAUCCGGGUGGCUCUCUUCGGCGCCAAUCCCAACCGCAAGUUCAUGGACUGAGAGCCUCGCCGCGUCCCAGACCAACACUCCCCCCUCCCCAACGUCUUAUUUUUUUAUUUUGUCGUCAUCCCUCGGUCUGUGAAAUGAAACUUCCGUGUUGCUGUAUUUUCCCGUGACGGAGGCCGAGCAGAUGUGCGCGGCUGCUCCGCCCUCCUCCGAGGGUGUCCGUUCACACCGAUUGGUCGCCCCGUAAUCGGAUCAGCCUUCACACAAACGCGCAGUGUUCAUCGCACUAAGUUCAUUGCUAUAAGCUGCAUGAGGCAUUGUGCUGCUGUAAUGAGUGUCUGCUCCGACCAAUCACCGAGGAGAGAAUAUCAGAAACAAACACGACCUUACAGUUAAUUUAUUGAUGUUACCUCAGCUGUACUUUAUUAAAGGAGUGGCUGAUUUCAUUCCAGAGGUUGUGCUGUAUGUAUAUGAGGCUUCCAGAUUAAAUUAUACACAUGAGUGGUUGUUGUUUUGUUCUUGUUUGUGUGUUUUCUUUUUUGUUUUUUGAUUGUGUCUCAAACUGAAAAUGUUACAAUGUGGGAAAUAUAAAACAAUAAAAGCCUGAAUCCUUA